GGGACAGUAGUAUGGAGUAAAUGGUGUGACGUAUAGUAUGUAUAGUCAAAGACAUGUGUUUUAAAUGCCAAUACAUUUGUUAAUAAUUUUGCGCUCUUUUUGUGUUUGUCUUUGUGUUUGUCCGACAAACUGACGACUACUGUACACAACACGUGACAACAAUUGUCACUAAUUGUCAUCAAUUGUCACCACAUUUGAUCACAAAAGUCAUUAAUUAAUACUCCAACACAACUGUUCAGUCAUAAUGUCUUCACAAAGUUGUGAAUCAAAUAUUUGUCAUUAUGUAAGACCAAAGUCUAAGACACCUAAUUGUGUCAAACGACAGAAGAAGAAGAAAGAAGAGAAGAUAAACGCAUCGUUUGUCGUCAAACAUAAGUCUUUGAUAACCGAAUGGUUCAAUAGAUUUGAUGAACAAAUCACUAAAGUUAGAGACGAUAUGUUAUCUCCUCUUAUGAAUUCAUUGUAUAAUUUUGUGUCCAAUAAUUGUGUCACUAAUGAGAUGAGAGAAAAUAAUUUUGACACUAAAUCGUCGCCAAGUGUUGGCCUCAUUCCGACGGCUCUCUUAUCAAUUGGAAUGAACUCAAGUGAACAUCACUUCAUAUGUGAUCUACUGAUUGAAACCAUACAAGACUUAACCUCAUCCGUUGCUUAUAUCAACGCAAAACAAAAUUCAACCAUUAAUUCAGUAUUUAAAACAAUUUGCGAUUCAAUUCUUACAGAAGAUGUCAUUAAAAGAGCCGAUUUAACUGAAAUUCAAUUGAAAUCACUGACAUUUGAAUCAUUAUUUAAGAUAUAUGAAGAACGUGUUAUUAAAGCCAAUACUAAUAACUUUUGUCCGCCGAUUGUCCUGUUUUUUGAUGAAAUUGAGAGUUUUGAUCACUCAAUGAUCACUACUUUGAUUCUUAUAAUCAAAGAUUACAUUCAAAAACUUCCGUUUAUAUUAAUAAUAAGCAAAUCAAAUGAAACGUCUUCAUUGCAGCACUUAUUGCCCUCCAAAGCAACUGACUAUCUAUACGUAAAUCAUUUUCAAUCUAUUUGUGGCCAAAAAUUAAUCGUCAAAAUAAUAUGUAAAUUAUUUGUCGAUUCUUCAUUGUCUUUCAAAUUGGGUCCAAAUGUUUUGGAUUUUAUGCUCAAAAUGUGCCAAAAAUUUAAUUCUUCGAUUAUAAGUCUUCAAAAUAUUAUAAAGUAUUCAGUGUUUAAACAUUUCCAGACAAAUGAAUUAGCAUUACUUUGUCAAUCAAUUAGUUCUUUAAAGACUUAUCUAAAAGAUAUUGAGUUAAAUGAAUUGAAAGUAUUAAGAGAUAAACUGAAUAUCAGUUAUGAUUUGAAUGAUAAAGAAUUUAUAAAAGAAGUUAUCAAUAAAUUGACACAUUUUCAGUCAGUUAACAAUCAAAUUGUAUUAACUUUAAAAAUUGUAUUAUAUUUAGUUGAUGGACAUAUUGAUGAAACAAAAUUAGUUAAUUUCUAUAUAACAUUAUUCAAAGAUACUUAUGAUUUUACUGACAUUUUGGAUCAAUUGAAUCGGUUUUCAAAAGAACGUUGGAAUUCAUUAUUAAGUUUUUGUUUAAAUGGAAAUUCACUUAACGAUGAAACAAAUCCAAUGAUUGCUGUAUUGAAAUUAAGACUAAAAGAAUUGAUUCAAAUUAAAGAUAAACUUGAUUUGGAACCAACUGUGGUGAUCGAGAAAAUGGAUUUAAUGAAUGUAAAGAAUAAAUUAACUAAAUUUAAGACUCGUUCGCAAUGGAAAGAUUCAAUCAAACCAUUAAAUAAACAAAAAGUUUUAUCGGCUUUUGAAAUGUGGAGAAACGUAACAAUCGAUACAAUUAAGGAUACUUUAAGUGAAAUAAAAAAUUCAAUUGACAACUCAUUUCAUCAAAUUAUGUAUUUUGAUUGUUUGGAUUUAAUAAAAAAUCAAAUAUUUGUCGAUCAAAGAAGUCAUUUAAUGCAGACAUUAUCUGACUCGAAGUCAUCGCAAACUGAUUUACACCGACUUUAUUCUCUAUAUAAUAAAAAUCAUUCAAUUAUUAAUAUGUAUGAUAUGUAUAACAAUUUUAUAUCAUUUUCAAACCAAUCGGAGUCAUCACAUAAAAGUCCAAAGAAAGCAAAAUUUAUUGAAAAGAAAAAUGAAAAUAUUGUUCGCUUUUUGAAUUCAGUUUCAGAUUUUGAAUACAUUGGUCUCAUUGAACCAUCAAAACGCAAAUCCGAUCAUUUGAUACGUUUGGUUUGGUUUUAGAUUCAAUUUUAUUUAAAUAAGUUAUAAAAUUUUAAUUUGUAGAGUAUAUAGGAUUUUGAUAUUUAACAUGAUUUCAUAUUUAUUUUAA